CCGCUGCCGGAAGUGGCUGGUGUCCUCCGCAAAGGUGUCCGGGCGCGGCCGGAAGCGGAGGAGAGACCGGGCUGACCAUGGCGAAGGUUGGGCCCCAGAGGGCCGGGGGCUCGUGUCGGGCCCGGGGACAGCGGCGGCCUCCCACCUGGGAGAUCUCGGACUCGGACACGGAGGCCGACGCAGACGCCGACUCGGAGGCCGUCAAGAGGAGCCGGGACCCGGCGGAGGAGCGCAGAGCGGCGGCCGAGGCGCUGCGGCAGCUGCGGCCCGAGCAGGCGCUGCGGCGCCUUACGGUGCUCGUGGACCCAGCUAUUCUGGAAGAUGCUGGUGCUGACAUCCUAAUGGAGGCCUUGGGCACUUUGGGCUGUGAGUACCGCAUCGAGCCCCAGCACCUCUCCCGCAGCCUCAGGUGGAGCAGAGUGAAGCCAGAACCUUGCCCCAACAGUGUGCCUGCUGAGGUGUUGGCUGCAGGUGAGCAGGAACUUCUGCUGCUGCUGGAGCCUGAGGAGUUUCUGCAGGGUGUCUUCCAGCUGACCCAGAUCCGUGGCCCAGUCUGCUCAGUGCCCUGGGUCUCUCCUGAGAGCCCCACCUGCCCCCACCUGGCUGUCAUCGGACUGGAUGCCUACCUGUGGUCUCGCGAGCCCAGUGCUCAGAAGAUGCGGCAGCCAGAGAGUCCAGGGGUGGCCCAUGCCGAGGUGGUGGUUGGCUGGCCUGAGGUGGAGGAGGCCCUGGUGCUCCUGCAGCUCUGGGCGAACCAGGACGUGUUGCUGGUGGCCUCCUGGCAGGAGCUGAGUCAGCACGUGUGUGCCUUCACCAAGGCCCUAGCCCAGCGCCCCUUCAAGCAGUGCCAGGAGUCCACUGCCUUUUCCUUCUGCACAGCCAGGCGCUGGGUGGCAGGCGAGCGAGUGACAAGCGAUGAUACAGGGCUUCGGGGGGCCUGGUGGCGGCAGGUCAGGCAGUUCAACCGGGUCAGCCCAGCAGUGGCAGAUGCUGUUGUCACUGCCUUCCCAUCCCCCCGCCUUCUGCAGCAGGCGUACUUGGCCUGCGGCACCGAGCACGAGCGCCUGGCCCUCCUGGCUGACCUCCCUGUGAAGGUGGGUGAAGGUGCUCGGCCCCGAAAGGUGGGGCCUGACCUUUCUCGCCGAAUCUGCCUCUUCCUGACCUCCACCAACCCUGACCUCCUGCUGGAUCUGAGCUCCUGACUACGCCUGCCUGACCUACAGCCUUCUCGGCAAUCAGCAAGACAGCAGGCAGCCCAGCCAGCAGGUGACCAGAAACCGCAAGAGCGGCAGUCCUUGCCCCGGUGGGCCGCCGUGUACAGGCUGCUGCAGAAGGAGGCCUCGCUCUGAUUAUCACAGUUGCAGAAGGACUCUCCUGUCACAGGCACAGCGCUGGGGAUGGACGGCGGCAGGGACAAGUACUCAGGGUCAGAGUCAGAGUCACUGUGCUGAGGAAAAAAAGGCAGGCUGUUCCCCCCUGCUGUGCCUUCUGCUCUCCGCCUGCCAGCAACACGCACCACAGGCCAAUGGAUGAACUGCUCCAAUGCCCCCAGGAAAGGAUCUGGGAGUUUGGCCCUGGGUCCCAAGGGCACAGCUGGUCCACACUCCUAGAGUGACCCUGGACACCUCCUGGCUCAGGAACUGGGAGGGCCUCCUUCCAAAGGCCUGCCAAGCUACUAGUUUCCUGAGAGUAGGCUUAAGGGUUCAACCCCAUGUUUGCACAUCCAAAGGGGCCUGGCGGCCCAGGCACUGAUGAGCCCACAGCAGUACUUCCUGCUUGGCCAUUGUUCUCCAGGCAGCUUCUACAUCAUGGAAUAGCUAUGGACCCACCAAGGAUGGCCUGAAGCAGGGAGCCUCUUGGCAAUGUCCACUGGCAACCUACUGAAGGCAGCCCAGGUCUCCCCACAGGCAGAAGCGGGGUUCCAGUGGGGGCUCUUAACUGUGGCUCUUUUGUCAUCCUUGCAAGGGGUGGCUCUUAACCCCUAUCCAAGGGCCCUAAUGAGCCCAAGGGUUUCAUGCUGUUUCUUUUAAGCUUGUCAUAGAAAAACAUUCAGUGGGUACCUGGCCCUCACCAUGCGGGGGGUUGAUUCUGGGCCUGACCCCAAGCUGAGCUCAUCAGGUUAUGGCAAAUGCUGCCCCACCCUCUCCUGGAGGCUGGUGAGAGAUGCUCUGUGCAACUAGUCAUUCCUGCUCUGAAGCCACACAGGCCCCUCUGGAUACCUGCCUUGGCUCGGGCCCCCCAGGCGAACCCUGGUCUCACUGCCCAGGGCCCAGAGGGUACAGACAAUUUCUGCUUGCCUGCUCUGCCAGCCCUCUUGGGUGGGCCCAGGGGUGGAGUGGGGGUUGGUCCUGGUCAGGAUUCAGCCUCCACACUAGUCUCUGGGUGUUCCUCUUGCCUUCUUGAAAUACCCUCUAUGUAUUGGCCCAGGUGACCUUGCUCAGACCUGGGGCAGAUCAUGCCACCCUAGAAUAAAGCCCACACUCUCUAUCAAA